UGGAAGGUAACGUUUGGUAGAUAGUUAACUAAGGAGUUAAGGAGGAUUUCCAAGCUUCUCGGCUUCUUUUCUAAUGGUAGAGACUUCGAGCAGGAUCUCUAAUAAGAGGAAUAAGAAAGAGGCUCUGUUUGUUAACAUCUCGUCUUAGCCACUAAAAAGCUUCUCAAGCUCCUGAGUUGUUUUUUAUUUUUCAGCUCCUCCAGUUUGUGCUACUCCUUCUUGGGCGACCAAAAACAAGGAAACUAAAAACACAAACAACUUCUUUUUUCAUUUUUCGUGGAGAUAUCCGAGGUGCUGGUCCUACUCUCUCUGUUCUGUGUGGGUUUUUUGGCUUGUGUGUUGCAACAGCAGCUGUUUUAGCCUAGUGGGCAUCUAGAGAACCUCAUGUAAAGCGACUUUUCCUGGCUUUCAGAAGUUCCCAGAGUUUCUUCUCGUUUGUUUGUCAUAGUUGGAGUUGGGGAAAGCCAGUUUAACUAGUAAACUAGGUUAACUAAUCCAUACUGAGCUGUAAUGUUAGAGUUAGUUAACUAGUUAGAUGGGAGAGCUCCUCAAGUUUGAGUAGCUAAAUGUUAGCUAGUUAGCUAACAUUAGAGGCAAACCAUGAUGGUUGGAAGGCUGGUAGUUAACUAAGGAGUUAAGGAGGAUUUCCAGGCUUCUCAGCUUCUAUUCUAAUGGGAGAGACUUCGAGGAGGAUCUCUAAGAGGAAGAAGAAAGUUUGGAAGCUCUGUUUGUUAGCCUCUUAGCUACUAACAAGCUUCUCAAGCUCCUGGAUUGUUUGUUGAUUUUUCAACUCCUCCAGUUUGCAGUUGGUGCUACUCCUUCUUGGGCGACUAAAAACAAGGAAACUAAAAGCAAAAACAACCUAUUCUUCCAUUUUCGUGGAGAUAUCCGAGGUGCUGGUCCUGCUCUCUCUCUCUCUGUUCCGUGUGUUUUUUGGGUGUUUCUGCCUGUUUGAGAGAGAAAAGAGAGACUCCAAAACCCGAGCCCUGCUGCCACAAUGGCAGGCGGCGGUGGCGGUAGCGGCGGCAGCGGCGGCGGGGGUGGAGGUGCCUUGUCCCCGCUGGGAGCGGCGGCUCCUCCGCUGUGGUAUCACCGGGAUUUGAGUCGAGCCGCGGCCGAGGAGCUGCUCGCCAGAGCCGGGAGAGAUGGCAGCUUUCUGGUCCGGGACAGCGAGAGUGUCAGCGGGGCCUAUGCGCUCUGUGUGCUGUAUCAGAAGCAUGUUCAUACCUACAGGAUUCUACCAGAUGAGGAGAAUUUUCUGGCAGUCCAGACAUCUCAGGGUGUGCAGCCGAAGAGGUUUAAGACACUUCCGGAGUUAAUCCAGCUUUACCUUCAGCCCAGCCAGGGGCUCGUCACUACACUGCUGCUGCCGGUGGAGAGAGAGGAGAGUGCUGAGGAGAGAGACUACUCUGAUGGAGAGGAUGACAAACCCCCACUCCCUCCUCGUACAGGCUCCGGUGGCUCCUCCUACACCAACACAGACACAUCUGCUGAGAUUGCUCCAGUAGGUAAUGGGUUGAGCACUAUCUCUCAUGAGUAUCUAAAGGGCAGCUAUGCCUUAGACCUGGAGGCAGUGAAGCAGGGAGCCAGCAACCUGCCACACCUCAACAAAACACUGGUGUCGUCCUGCAAGCGCCUUCACGGCGAGGUGGAUAAGGUCCUAUCUGGCCUGGAGAUCCUUUCAAAGGUCUUUGAUCAGCAGAGUGCCUCCAUGGUGUCCAGAAUGAUUCAGCAGUCUGUCAGUCAGGGUGGAGAUCAGGAGCUGGAACAUCUGGUCACUAAACUGGCCAUUCUCAAAGACCUGCUGUCCUCCAUAGAGAAAAAGGCUCUGAAAGCUCUGCAGGACAUGAGUGUGGCUGUCCCCUCCAUCCCCCCAUCCACACGCCACAGCAAGGCCAUUCCUGUCCAGGCUUUCGAGGUAAAGCUGGACGUGUACCUGGCUGAUCUAACGAAGAUCGGGAAGAGCCAGAAACACACGCUCAGUGUAGAUGUAGAGGGAGGAAAGCUGGUGGUGAUGAAGAAGAUGAAGGACUCUCAGGAGGACUGGACCACCUUUACCCACGACAAGAUUCGGCAGCUGAUAAAGUCCCAGAGGAUGCCCAAUAAGUUGGGCAUUGUUUUUGAGAAGGAAAAGGACAAGAGCCAGAGGAAAGACUUCAUCUUUGCGAGUGCUAAAAAAAGGGAAGCUUUCUGCCAACUCCUGCAGCUGAUGAAGAACAAGCAUUCCAACCAGGACGAGCCUGAUAUGAUCUCUAUAUUCAUAGGGACGUGGAACAUGGGCAGUGUUCCUUCUCCAAAGAUGUUGAGCUCAUGGCUUUUAUCACGAGGUUUGGGGAAAACGCUGGACGAGAUGACGGUCACAAUUCCUCACGACAUCUAUGUGUUCGGAACCCAAGAGAACUCUGUCUGUGAUAAAGAAUGGGUGGAGAACCUGCGAGCUGCUCUGAAAGACUACACUGAGAUCGACUACAAGCCGGUGGCUGUGCAGACUCUGUGGAAUAUAAAAAUUGUGGUUCUGGUAAAACCGGAACAUGAGAACCGUAUCAGUCACGUCGGGAUGUCCAGCGUCAAAACAGGAAUAGCCAAUACACUGGGCAAUAAGGGGGCAGUGGGCGUGUCCUUCAUGUUUAAUGGGACAUCAUUUGGCUUUGUUAACUGCCACCUGACAUCCGGAAACGAGAAAAUCCAUAGGCGGAACCAGAACUACCUGGACAUCCUACGGCAGCUUUCACUGGGCGAUAAGCAGCUGAGCUCGUUCGACAUUUCCCUGCGAUUUACACACCUCUUCUGGUUCGGCGACCUCAACUACAGACUGGAUAUGGAUAUACAGGAAAUCCUAAACUACAUAAACAGGAAGGAGUUUGAGCCGCUGCUGAAAGUGGACCAGCUAAAUCUGGAGAGAGAGAAGAACAAGGUCUUCCUUCGCUUCGCUGAGGAGGAGAUUACAUACCCCCCCACUUACCGCUAUGAGAGAGGCUCACGGGACACGUACGUCUGGCAGAAGCAGAAAGCCACAGGGAUGCGGACAAACGUGCCAUCAUGGUGUGACCGGAUCCUAUGGAAAUCUUACCCAGAAACCCAUAUUGUGUGCAACUCCUAUGGCUGCACAGAUGACAUUGUCACCAGUGACCACUCCCCCGUGUUCGCCACGUUCGAGGUGGGCGUGACGUCACAGUUUGUGUCUAAAAAAGGUUUGCCGAAGUCUUCAGAGCAGGCGUAUAUAGAGUUUGAGAGCAUUGAGGCCAUAGUAAAGACUGCCAGCAGAACCAAGUUCUUCAUAGAGUUUUACUCCACCUGUCUGGAAGAGUUUAAGAAGAGCUAUGAGAACGACUCCCAGAGCAGUGAUAAUAUAAACUUCCUGCGGGUGGGCUGGUCUUCAAAACAGCUCACCACUCUGAAGCCCAUCCUCUCUGAUAUCGAGUAUCUGCAGGACCAGCACCUGCUGCUUACCGUCAAGUCUCUGGAUGGAUACGAGUCUUACGGAGAAUGUGUGUUGGCCUUGAAGUCGAUGAUUGGCAGCACAGCACAGCAGUUUCACACGUACCUCUCUCAUCGGGGAGAAGAGACUGGAAACAUCCGCGGCUCCAUGAGGGUCAGGGUGCCCUCCGAAAGAAUGGGAACCAGAGAGAGGCUCUAUGAGUGGAUCAGUGUGGAUAAGGAUGAGACUGGAGGUCCAAAAGGGAAAACAAUGCCCCCUAGAGCCGGACAUGAUUAUGUCAAGCCCUCUCUGAGUAGAAAAGAUUUAAGUAAAGUUUCAGAAGAGGGAGACCGAAAUGCUUCAGGACGGUCAGCGUUCACACACGGUUCCACCAAAGAGGACAACACACAGACAAGGUCGAAGCAGGAGGCCAGCGAUGGAGACGCCACUGCUUGCAAAAACAGCUUCAAUAACCCUGCUUACUACAUCCUGGAGGGCGUUCCCAACCAGUCUGCUGCCCUGGCCACAGACCUUCUCCCAGCCUCCAACCACCCGCCUGCAUCAGGAAAAUCCUCUGCACCCGCAGCCAGCACCCCGGGAAAGGGUAAACCUCCAAGCGGAAGCUCCAUCCACACCCGCAGGCAGACGAGCGGGCGGCCCGUACGCCCCAUCAGCGAGGAAGGGUCAUCCGAGGACGACGGAAACCCCGGGUUGCAUGGCGGCAGCUCAUUGAACCGCCCACCCCCUGAUUUCCCGCCUCCUCCACUCCCUAAAAGUGCUCUGGAGAUGCCAGACUCCUCCUUUUUCCCGUCCGCAAAAGAGAGCAAACCCCGGCUGCACCCGGACCUGGCCGACAUCAAGAUUCCACCUCCGGCCUCCAUCUCCUCAAAACCUCUCUCAUCCCCUGGCUUUGCCCCUCCUGCAGGAGGGGGCGGAGCUUUCUGCAUGGACCCUCCACCAUCAGUACUGAACCCAGGCUCCUCCCCUUUCAGGAGAGGAGGCGGCGGUGGCGGCACCUCAGGAAUGGAUGAUCAGUCAUGCUCAGUGCUGCAUCUGGCCAAGAAGCUGAGCGAGGUUGAGUACCCAGCCGGGCAGGACCGGGGACCCGGGGGAGGGAUGCUGAAAGGUGGCCCCGCCUCUCACUUGCGAGGGCUUGGCCUGAGUGACGCCUGCCGCACUUUCCCACCUCGAAAUAUUCAGGAGGAGAGCAUUGCUGAAGAUCUGCCAGAGGAGGGCAUGUGGCAGGGUGGGAGCAGUAGCAGCAGUCUCUCUGUGGAGUCCAGCAUUGGUGAGUGGCUGCAGAGGCUGGGAUUGGAGCGCUACGAGGAGGGGCUGCUACGAAACGGUUGGGAUGACCUCGAGUUCCUCAGUGACAUCACAGAGGAGGACCUAGAGGAGGCAGGGGUUCUAGACCCCGCCCACAAGAAGAUCCUAUUGGCCAGCCUGAGACAACAGCAGCAGCAGCAAAAGUGAGCUGAGCCAAGACAAUCCUAUCCAUCCAGGUCUGGAAUGGACCACGCCAGUCCGACCUGGUCAGACCGUGCCUUCUAAAGAAACCUUGCACUGCUAAUUGGAGAUACUGUUCUGAACGAUGUCGUAAGUUAUCUUAGAUGUUGUAGAUAAUGACGUUUAUUUAAACAAAUACGAAUAAGCACUCCCUCACUACAAACCUCUCCCCACAUCCUGAGAAAGUCUUGCUUCCUGAAGGAGAGGAAAGGAAGAUACGCCGGAGUGCAUCUGAGAACUAUGCGUGCACAGGAUUCGUUCAUUCACAUUCCUGGCCUUUUUCUGUGGCAGGCGAUUGGCUCGUUCAGUGUGUUUAAUAGCAUUAUGUUCGUUAUUGAGGAUGUGCAUGUUUUAGUCGUUUUAAAAGGGAAAAGGAAUGGAAUAAGCCAAAAUCAGUACAGACUGGUUAAAACUAGUUUUGAAAGUUUCUAAAAGUCAUUGUUUUGUGUGUGUUUAUGUAUGUUUGUGUGUGUGAGAGAGGGACGAUGUGAAUGUGGACACGAGGGAAAGCUGUAUCAAUUUACACUCAUGCGUUCAUAGAAAGUCUAGAGUCAGCAUGUCUCUUUUGAUAGAGAUCGAGUUCCUGUAGGACAGAUCGUCACUAAAUACUAUUAGAUAAACAUAAGAUUUAGCCUGAAACCUGUUAAGGAAGGUGCCUCAAAUGUUUUUUUUUUUUUUGAGAACCUAUCACUUUAAAAAAUAGAGAAAACUUAACAUUUACAUUCUAUCAGGGCAGAAGUAAUGUUCAUAAUAGAGCAGGACAAACGUAAUCUCGGGUGAGUGUUUUUUUUUUUUAAGAUUUUUAAAUAAUUCUUCAUACUUUACACAUCUCCACUACAAAUAGAAUAUCAACCAAAAGUUUAGACACUGUAGAUUAAUACUAAAAUCAUCCAAACCAUGAAGAAAACCAUAUAGAAUUCUUCAUUAAACAAAAAAGUGUUAAACAAACCAGAAUAUGUUUUAUAUUUUACAUUAUUCAAAGUAGUCACCUGGAAUUAUUUUCAGUUAACAGCUGUGCUGAACUCGUCAAGAGUUAAUUACUUGAAUUUCUUGUCACUUAAUGUGUUUGAGAGCAUCAGUUGUAAAGUUGUGAAGAGGUAGAGUUACAGGUAUACAGUGAGUAGCUCUAUUUAAGUAAUGUUCUAAUUCUAAUCCAUAUUAUGCCAAGAACUACUAAACUUAUUAAAAAAAAAGUAAAGGUCAAUCAAUUUGAAACUUUUUAAGAACCUUAAAAGAAGUACCCUAAUUCUGUUCAGCACAGAAGACGAGGGAGAACAAUGAAACUGUGCCCCAGUCUUUUUUAAAUAUAGUCACUAUUCAAUGAAAAAACAGUAUCUUUUUACAUUGACUUCCACUGAAAGUUUUUUUUUCCUCUCUCCUGUAAAGUUGCUGUUUUGGAGAUACUUGUUCUUCAUUGGACAGUGACAAAUAAAAUAAAAGCAGAUUUCAGUAAAAUUGUCAAAUAUAAAGGAGAUGCUGAAGUUUUAGUUUGUUGUUUUCAAUCAUUUGAAAGCAAAACUGAGUUUUAGAGGGUUGUGAAGUAUGUAGAAUUCUAGUGUGAAGGGUUCACCCAGUAAAAAAGGUUGAGAAACUUUAUUUUAUGGCAUCACUUAAAGAACCAUUUGAAGAAUGUUCAGAUUGUUAUUGUUCAGAUUGCACAGGCUAAUUUUGGAGCACGUCAGACCAUUCUUCAACAAAAACCCCAACUUCCCAAAUGCUGGAGAGAUGUGGGGAAUCUACCUACAGUAUAUGUGAAGUUUGUGAGUUUUCUAAAUGAACCUCUUAAACGCAAACUUUCUCUCAAUGCUGUUUUCCAAGCACUAAUCAUUUGGUCCAAUCAUUAUUAUAGUCCACAUUCUCUAGUACCUGAACGGUUCUUCAGAAACCAGUUAAUGUAACAAAUUCCAGUUUUAUCCUUUAUCCUUUAGAUUUGGAGGCUGGUUCUGCUAACAGUCACUUAAAGUCAGUAAUCAUCCAUAUUCUUUUUAAUGUUUUUAAUUAUUUGUUUAUUUUUCAUAAGUAUUGUACGAUUAAGGGUGUUUACACAUCUGUGUAUCUGUUUUUGUUUUUUUCUCAUCCUGGAGUUGUGUGGGCAGGUUUGAAUAUUGGGGGUGUUUUCAGUACUGUAAAUCGGAAAACGAACCAAACCAAGGGGUUAAUAUUAAGGGUCACAAUUUUUAGUUCAUUUAAAAUUAAUUCUGGUUUUUGUUCAGCUUUGCUGCAGUUCGUUUGAGCAGAUGUGCAUCCAGUAAUCACAUUCAGCUGAAAGGAGUUGGCCUUGGUUUGCUUCCAAACCAACAACAGAGUGGUUAAUUUGUGCUGAAAGUAGGAUCCAGCCUUAUUUCAACCCGUCUAUCAAAUAUACUCUGUGUGUUUGAGCCAAACGGCUGUUCAGGUGCAGUUUAACUUGAUUUAAUAGCCAGAUAAUUACUACUACAGCUAUUACUUAAUACCAUCUCUGCCUCUUGUUCAUGCUAAACUGCUCUAAAAUACAUGCAAGUUCAGAACAUAGAAACUUUUUUUCUGUGUUUACUUUCUUAGCCUUGCCCCAGACAGCUCUAACCAAUAAGAGAAGACUGCAACAACUCCACCACAAAGUCUUAGAUGAGAAGUUACAGAGUUGGGUCUCAAAGGGCGUGAAAGACCCCAAUGCUCUGCUGAAUCAAUAACCAAACCUGUUCCAAACCUGCUGUAACAUCAUAAAAGCACCUGUAUACAGGUAUAAUAUGUAGAGUAUGUGUCCUAUUAAUUUGAUCCAACUAUGGUGAUAGACACUUGAAUUAAUGAGUUAAUGAACACCCCAUUCUGUCGUGACUAAAGUGGCCACCAGGGGAUGCUGUAGGACUGUUUAAAGGGAACUGUCAACCCAAGAUCAUCAGUGCUGAGAGAACCCUUAAAAGUGUACCUAGCUUGUAGCAUUGUUGCACUUGCAGUUUACCCUAUGAAAAACAAAACCAAGGGGAAAAGAUACUUCAAGUUUACAAACUGAUUCAAAACCAGUAGAAAUUACUUUAGGUGUGAAAACAUCCCCAUAUAUACAGACGCCUAAACUACAUCAGCAGGUUUUAAGAGGUUUACAUAUGUGUGUGAGCAUGUAUUCACCCAAACAUUUUAUCAGUGAUUACUGACUUCUAGUCACUAUCAAAUAGUGUCUAGAAGUGACUACCCUCCUCAUAUACUCCUUAUGUUUCAGCUUAACAGCUGUUCAGGUGCAGUUUAACCUGAUUUAUCACCCAGAAAAUUACUACAGCUGUUAACUAAUACUGUUACUGCCUAUCCUCAAUACAACUAUGGUAAUAGACACUUGGGUUAAUGAGUUAAUGAACACCCCAUUCUGUAGUGACUGAAGUGGUCAGCAGAGGAUGCUGUAGGACUGUUUAAAAAGAACUACCAACCCAAACUCAUCAGUGCUAGGAGAUCCCUUAAAAGUGCAACAAGUCUGAAACGGGCCUGAAAUGAGUCUAGUGCAUUACUAAGGUUUGUUUAAAAGAAGAAUACAUAGAAUUUAGAAUUUACUCUUUCCUGUGAUUAAGUGUAACCUGUUUUUUUGUUUAGGGAAAUGCCUGGUUUUACAAUAUGAUUAAAUAUGAUGAGUUACAAAUCAACACAGCACCCACACACAUGGAAACACAGCCAAGUAACUUUUAUUUUAAAAACCUGUUUCUUAUUCCACAUGUACUGCCAAACAAUGACGCUAGACAUGACCAUGUUCUUAUUAAACUGUAUGUUUGUGUCUCAUCAUCAUUGAUCUAAUAUUAUUAUUAUUAUUAUUAUUAUUAUUAUUAUUGCUCUGUCUGUAAAUUGUCCUGCUUGUUUUGUGUGUCAUGUUUUAAAGUUUUAAACCAUUUCCUCUUGGCUCAGAUUUUUCUGUGGUUGAUCCUCCAUGUCGACUAUUUUUACUGAUAACAUUGUUUUGUUAAUAUUUUGUUUUAAGUUAAUAUUUGUGAAUGCCCACUAAAUAAUUUUCAUUGUCUAUUUGUUGUUCUUUUUGUUCUUUUCAGGUGAAUAAAAACUAACAGCUGAUUGU